AUCUAUCUUUGUGUGUCUAUUAUAACGUGGAUCAAGAUUCUUUCUUAUCUUUAUCACUCUCACGUUCUUUUGUCUUCAAACGCACACAAAGAAAAGAAAAACCAAGAAUGACUAUACCGUCAAGAAUCCUCGAGACGGCGGCGACGCCACCACCACAACCGUCGGAGCAGAUUCUGGCGGCCGAAUCUGACAUGGUGGUGAUCUUGUCUGCUCUUCUCUGCGCUCUCAUAUGCGUAGCUGGCCUUGCCGCCGUCGUACGUUGCGCUUGUCUCCGGCGAUUUACUGCCGGAGGAAAUUCUCCGUCGCAGAACAAAGGGUUGAAGAAGAAAGCUCUUCAGUCUCUUCCUAGAUCCACUUUCACCGCCGCGGAAUCAACCUCCGGAGGUGCCGCCGAAGACGGCGGAGAUUCAACGGAGUGCGCGAUUUGUCUCACUGAGUUCGCCGACGGAGAAGAAAUCAGAGUGCUUCCUCUUUGUGGCCAUUCCUUCCACGUGGCGUGUAUUGACAAAUGGCUUGUCUCUAGGUCUUCGUGUCCUUCUUGUCGCCGGAUUCUCACGCCGGUGAGAUGUGGCCGGUGCGGCCAUUCUUCAACGGCCGGGAGGCAAAGCAAAGAUCAUCAACAUGACCAACACUCGUCGCAGCUCGCUUCCUCUGUUCCUACGUUUCUUCCUUAAUUUUUAUAGUGUCUUGUAAAGUGGGUUCAAUUAGAAACUAGAGAUCUUCAGGGUUUUUUUCUUCCUGUCGUUUUAGAUUGUAAUUCCACUGUGUUAAACAACUAGAUGGAGUUCAAAGUUGGAGAUGUUUAUCA